AUGAAAUCAAGACGUCAAGCUAUUGUCAGUGCGGCUGCUAGCGGUGAAGUUGACCGACUCAAGAAAUUACUUGCAAAAUAUGAUGAUGGAAGAGGAUUAGCAAACACAGUGAGGAAUAUCAAAGAUGAUAAUGGAGUAGGAAUUAUUCACUUUGCUGCUGUAAAAGGGUACUUAAAUGUUCUCAAGUACUUGAUUGAGGAAUUGGGACUUGAUGUCAAUACCAAAGAUGAAAACGGUAAAUCUCCAUUGUUACAUGCAACAACGAGUGGGAAUCUUAACACUUUUGAAUAUCUACUUGAAAAGGGUGCUGAUCCUGAGUCAUGCACCAGCAGAGGCUAUAGUUCUAUGCAUUGUGCUGCUGAAAAAGGAUACACAGAGAUACUUACCAGAUUACUUUCAAGAGGUAUUAAUGUAAAUGGUUCAAGUGAAAUUGGCACACCCCUUGGUUUGGCUGCUAAUUUGGGCCAAUUCGAGGCAAUGAAGAUUUUGUUGGAUAACAAUGCAAAUAUGUAUGACACACAAUAUGGGUACUUUGGAGAUCCCAGAGAUCCUUUCACCAAAAGGAAAAGUAAAAAACAGAUCUUAGAUUUUAGAGAUAGUGAUUCUGUUUUCUCCAGAAGUUGCUCUCCAGAGGCUGGUGCUGACCCAAACUGUGGAUCACAUGGAAUUACACCUUUGGUAGCUGCAGCAAUUGGUGGGUAUACAGAAAUCAUCAAGCGCUUAAUUCAAGCUGGUGCUAACCCAGAUGCUACCGAUCGUUAUGGACUCACACCAUUGGAAAUUACCGCGCACAAUGGUUAUCGUCAUUGUGUUGAGAUUCUUUUCCCAGUUACUUCUCGUAUUACGGAAUAUACCGACUGGAAUGUUGGUGGAGUAAUUAGACAUGUGCAUUCUGAUCAAGCUAAGGAACAGGUUGAUGCGUCGAGUUUGGAAUAUCCUCGGCAAUUAUAG